CGAAGCUCUGCAGCUGCUGCUGUGGCCUGCGGGGAUCGAUAAGUCUGAUAACGGAGGUCGGGCCAAUCAGAGCAUCGGGGACCGCCCUCUAAGCGGCAGAUCAUUUCUAUCGCAAUCGCAAUUGCGGCGCGUGCAAUGCAACAGUCGCUCUUCCUGCACACCCCUCCAGCUUGCACCUCGCCUGCUUUUGUCUACUGACCAGGCCAGGCGUGGUAUCUGACAAUAUGUCUCUAGAUGAGGGGCUUCUAGAGAUAGUUGCUCAAGAUGGAACCAUGGAUUACGAUCGAUGGCCCAGUCAACUCGAGCCGUUACUUGAACGACUCGACGAGAUUGUUCGCAAUGAAUUCCCCAUCCCAAAGGUGCCUCCAGAAUUAGCAUCCUCCUUCGCCUCGCAAUCAUCGUCGUUCCCGUCAUCGUACCCCGUCCAAGAUUCUCUACAGAGCAGCAACAAGGAAAACGCCCCUCCGCCUGCAGACCAACCUCUGUUUUCAGAAACCCAAGAAGUCUCAGAGCAACAGUCGUCAAAUCAACCUUCUCAGACCGAUGCAGAUUGCCUACCUCCUCCAUUACUCUCUCUCCUCACGUCGAUCAAAAGCACCUUACGAACAUACUUUGUUUCAAACCCGCCACACACAAUCCAGCGAUUGGCGGAAUUAAUUCUACGUCCAACCCGUCAAUACCGCACUCUACCCGCAUAUCUUAGAGCAGUCGAUCGAGUAGUGUCGGUCUCGAGUAGCGCGGAUAUUUUCCCUCUCCCGCGGACGGAUGUGCCUGGCGAGGGGGAACUGAGUAAUGGCAUUUCGAACGGCAUAACUUCCAGUUUUAUGCUUGCAGAUGAUUCUCUGGGCAGUGACGAAUCACUAGGUGGAGCGCUUUUGACGCCGAUUCCUUGGCUUACUAACCCGCAUCUUGAGGUUGCCCAUGCUGAUAUGGUGGUAGAAGGGGCUGUUCCACUUCGAGCAAAUGCUGCUGUGACCCAAGGCGAGCUUAUCAGACAAGAACAAGAAGCUGGCUUAGUAGCCAACUCUCAAGCAUCACAUUCUUCAGUCAACGCAUUGGCCGAGGGUGAAGAAAGUGGUGAGCGGUUAUCGCCACAGCCUGAUGAAGUUCCUCAUGCGCGAGGUCCAUCAGUAGUUGGAGUCGAAGACUUAGGACUGCAAGAUGGGAAGGGCGUUGAGAUGACAAUUUCAAACUCGACUCCAGCCCAAGAGGAUAAUAACACUGAAAUGGACGCUUCAUCCUCUUUGAACCCUUCAAAUGAGACCCCAGCCGACGAAACAAACGAGAGUAAUGGAGAUGCAGAUGGUGAUAUUGUGCUCGACGAUAUAUCUGCCAAGGAUAAUAGUGCUGCUCCCACAAGAGCUGAAAUAGAAGAAGACCUGAUGGAAACAAACGAACAGAAUGAACAGAAGCUGCCCAAUGCUGAAACUAGCACGGCUGAAUAAGACCAAUUUCGUUUCUUCUCAUUUUAUUUCAUCUUACUUUAGUUGAGCAAUUCAUUCUGCUCUCAACUAUAUAAUGAAUACCAUGACUAU